AUGGCAUCUCAAUAUUUUGUAUAUUCUCUUAAUGACAGCAUCGAGUCAUUCUUCCAUGACUUCACAGAUGCAACGCGGCAGGAGUGUGACCAUCUCGCCCAACGCCUCGUCGGGCCACCUCUCGAACCAGUUCCUAUCCAAGGCCACUUCAGCUACACUGUUGCCGCUGGCGACCCUGAGAACCGCAAGAUUGUGCAAUUCCGAGCAGGCGUGUCGAAGCUGGACAUGGAUACCAUGAGACUUGCAAAACAAGCCCACCCGCGACUGGUACCAACCUGCACGGAACAUGGGACAAUUGGCCUGUCACGGCCGCUGUCAGUCUAUGAGAUGGACAUCGUGCGCGGAAGCACUUGCACAACUACUCGAGAACUUGACCCGCGAAAGACGGUCGGGUCCUUGGCCGGCUAUUUUGCCGAGUCUUGGAUCAAGAGGCAACCGAUGCACAGUCCAGGAGACGUUCAGCGCGAGUAUGCUGAAAACCUCCGACUCUUACGUGCUUCGUUGCCUGCUCGCUUCUCCAAAGUCGUAGGCCAAGCACACUCCCAGCUUUGGAUGCUCUUCUCGCCCUCGUAUCCCUCCGCGCUGGUCCACGACGACCUCACCGGAUUGAACAUGCUCGUAGGCGACGACGGGCGCAUCACAGGGGUCGUCGACUGGGCAGAUGCUCGGGUCCUUCCUUUUGGCAAGUCUUUGUAUGCGCUUGAAAACGCGCUGGGGUCCAUGGGCCCCAAGGGCUGGCACUACUCCGACGACCGCGUUGUGCUCGAGGCGCUGUUCUGGCAGACAUUCCACCGCGCCAUCGGGGACGCAACGCAGGAAGAAAAGGACGCGAUUCAGGCAUCUAGGGAGAUUGGCAUUCUGUUCCAGUAUGGGUUUAUUUGGGAGGAAGGGGUUCGUCGGCCAACUAGAGAAGGAGACUCCACGAUGAGGUAUCUGGAUGCUUUCCUCACCGAUGGCUAA